AAACGCAAUUAUAAUGUCAGGAUUUUCAAAACCUGCCGUUUUCGAGGAUAAGUGGGGAGUUUACAACAUACCAACAUCCUACUGUAACAUGAGACAUCGUAAAUUAGAAAACUGGUUUAUUGAUGAACAUAAAAAGAUUUUCAAUAUCACUUCGGAAACAUCAGAACUACCUAGAGAAGAGAACUGUUUGCUGUUUGGAGUUAAAAUUGGAGGUGCCGGACUACUCCUUGGGAUUCUAUCAACAUCUUUUGCUUGCCUUCUCCUUAAUCGAUGUAAAAUGAAUCACAGAAAUGGAGAGAUAAUGUUUUAUUCAAAACAAAAUGACAAUAUGUUGUCUGAGACAGAACUGGAUUUUGCAUUCUGUUCGAAAGAGGGAGAAACCAUGUAUCAUCAUAUUUCAGACAGCCUGAGUCCAUUAAUGGUGGAAACAAUCCAGGGUGGUGCUGUUAUUGAUACAUGUGAUGACACACGACAGCAGCGUUGUAGUGAAAGUCCCAAAAGCAGUUCAAGUGCGUUCACAAACGUACACGUAUCAUCCUCAUUAUCAGUAAAACAUGCAGAGAAAAGGACAAGUGAGUCAAUUAAAAGUGAUAGACCUCAAUUCUAUCACACCUUAUCAAGGGAUUACAAGGACAAUUCAAGUAGUCAGGAUUUUCAGCCCUGCAGACAAAAUAGUUCCACAGAGAGCAAAAAGGAUAGCAAUCUUUAAUGUGAAUUUGUCAUGUAAAGUAUCUAAUGAUCACUGUACACGUAUGAAGCCCUAUAUGUAAAAAUCUUAUACAGAACUACCUUAAUGGACUUUUGCGAGGAACGCUUACUUUUACAGUUUAUGGAUUUUUUUUUCACUGGGGCAAUGUACGGAAGCUCUUUUUCGAUAUAAAUACUUAAUUCAACAAAAUAUAACGCGUUAUGCAGCAAUAUACCUUUAUCACCUGCAUACGGUGUUAAUAUUUCUCACUUUAUUCGAUACGGGAGAGCUUGCUGUAUGUAUGAACAAUUUUCAAAAUUAUCUUUGAGGAAAACGACAACAAUCUAUAUCUUCAGAUAAGUCCCCCUUACAACAUACCUUUUACCACUAGAAAGGUUUUCUGAUCUAUUAUCAAUUCUGUAAGUCAUUACUUCUCGAAAAAGUCCGAUAGUUGAACUUAUAUCAAAUUUGAUGCCGAUCACAUUUCCCACAGAGAAUGUACCCCAGAUAUAUCUCACUUUAAAAAGUGAGCAAAAAGGCACUGAAAAAUUAAUAACUAAAGAAAGAGACUUGUCAUGUUAAGAACAUUUGUUUUAAUGGUGCAAA